GCAGCUUUCAAGGCUCAUUUGGAAAAGAGUACUGCUACAGUCAAAGGUCGUUUGGAAAAGGUCUGGAAGUUGCUGUUGGAAAAUGUUUGGAAGUUGGUGGUGGAAAAAGGAAAAGGGAGAAAGUACCCCAAAGACAGUGGAGAAAAAACCAGAGCUCCUUGAUAAACCAUGGAGGAGUGUUAUAUGGGACACUGGGACAAAAAACAACCUCAAGCAGUCUGUGCAAAAUUACGCACCCACUAAUAAAUCAGUGCCUCAGGCUCGGAUUCUUCUAGUUGGUGCGAUUGGUGCUGGAAAAUCGAGCUUCUUCAACUCCAUCAACUCUGUCUUCCGUGGCAAUAUAACAGCCCAAGCCAGAGCAGGAAUGAAUGCCGUCAGCCAGACAACAAAGUAUCGCACUUACCAGGUGCAGGCGGGUCGAGAUGGACCACCUCUCGCAUUCCUCCUGUGUGACACCAUGGGAGUGGAACAAAUUGAACAUGGAGGGGUGAAUAUUGAAGAUAUUGAGAGCAUCCUGAAGGGCCACAUAAAAGACCAGUACAUUUUCAACCCUAGAUCACCAGGGAAAUCUGCUGACAGCCAAUUGCCACUUGCAGACAGGAUCCACUGCAUGGUUAUUGUGAUGGACACCAACAAAUUAAAAAUUGUGCCUGAAGCAACGUGGCACAAACUUCGUAACAUCCAGCACAAAGCUGACUCAUACGAGGUCCCCCUACUGGUGCUACUGACCCAAGUUGACAAAGCAUGCCCACAUGUGGAAAAGGACUUGAAGAACGUGUACCGCAGCUGCUACAUAAGGGAGCAGAUCUUCAACGUGAGUGACCGUCUGGGCAUUCCAGUGUCGCAGGUGCUUCCAGUGAAGAAUUACUCCCAUGAGAUUGAGCUGAAUGACAACUGUGACAUCCUGCUUCUCACUGCAAUGAAGCAGAUGCUAAACUUUGCUGACAAUUGCUUUGACAAUAAUAAAGGCAAAGAGUAAAAAUGUUGUGAUCAGUGCCAUCAUAUUUCUCUGAUGGCGUUGAGAGCCACUGUCCAAGCUGUUUUGCCCAAUAACAUGUUAGAUUCCUACUCAUUAUACUUAUGCAGAAAUCAUUUCUUUACCUUAAUUACACACAAGCUUUUUUUGUAAGUUAGAUUUAAAAUUGUCUUUUUACUUGAUGAUGAAUUAUGUGUGCAUAAAACCAAAGAUAUAAUCAAGUGCACAGUGUAACCCUACAAUGAUUUAGAUGCUAAGCUAAUAAAAAUGACCUGGUGAUUCUCAACUGAACUCUGUCAAUAUUUUUUUGGUUUUGUUCACUGUACUACAUCUAUAUUUUGAGUUUGCUUGUGUGUCUCAGUCAGACUGAUUACUAGACUUUGGGUUUGGAAACGAUUAACUAAAACAGUCUCAGAUUUAAAGUAUUUUUUACUUAAAGGAUGUGUCACAUGAAAAUUUUCCAGAAGAUCUGAUCAAAGUGUUUACACUGUAAAAAAUUAUUCAUUGACUCAACUUGACUUAGUCAAGUCAUCUUGUUGCUUUGACAGAGUUAAGUUAUAUCUAUGUAAAGUGUAAAAUUAACUACACUUAAAUAAAUUAGUUGAUACAGCAUGAA